AUGGACAUACUCCGUUCGCUGCGUCGAGGUCAGGGCAGGGAAGACCACGAGUUUGAAAAUGCCUGCCAGAAGUGGCUGUACAAGUUGUACCUCAAGGCCGAACCUCCUGUCGUCUAUGAUCCACUCAGCAGGGAUCCCCGGCCGUUGCCUCUGGGGAAGCUGAUCGAACUGGAGCCAAAGUUGUUCUUCCCCCGUUCGGCGAUCCUUGAGCUUGUCUCGAGGGACAUGCUGCGUGAACUAACAGAGUGCACAUGUCGGAGCUGUGUGUUCGAGAGGGCGACUCCAGCCGAGGGUUACAGCGGCGGCCAGAGGACCAGGGUCAUCGAUGCCGUUUUGGCGCCGCGGGACGAGCCAAAGAUUAUCGUUGCGGUGCUCCUCUACACAGAUCAGAUCUCGCAGCUGUACCGACUGUACAGGACAUUGCUUUCGGACGAGGGAAUUGACGCCCUGGACAGUAAAGAAGAUAUUGCCGAAGACGUCAAGGAGAGAAUCCGACACGCAAAGGCCAUGUUCAAACCAGAGCGGAUUUCGCUGGACCACCCUGCCCGAAACUUCCCAUCGGGUACUCGUUUGCCAUUUCUGAGCGAAGGCUCGCCCAAGAGCGGAUCAUUUGGAACUGUAUCAAAAGUAGAAGUGCACCCCGAGUACCUUGGCGACGAUGUCAAAGAACUGAUCAAGGACUAUGCCGGGGGACAGCUGGUGUCACCAUCAGCAGAUCAAAAAUUCUUCAUUGCACGAAAAAUGAUCCAGGGGACACGGGGGCAGACACUCGAAAACUCGGUUCAGAUGGAGCGAGACUUUCUCGACGUGAUCCGUCAGCAGAAAGAAGGCAAAGAAAAUCUGAUCGACUUGAUCGCCUUCUACACGUUUGGAGACGAGAUCAACAUGCUUUUCCCCUACGUGGAACUGAAUCUCCAUGAUAUCCUGUAUCAUGGUCAACUCCCGCGACACCUAACCCAAAAGCAGUUUCCUGACGAUUGGAUCAGCUCGGGGAUUCGGGGUAUGGCCCAAGGCUUGUGCACGAUCCACCAUCCGCAAAUGAUGUUGGACAACGACAGGGAGAUCGUCGGGUUCCAUUUCGACCUCAAACCCCGGAACGUUCUCAUUACGUGGGACGGGACCUUUAAGAUUACCGACUUCGGCCAAGCACUCAUCAAGGUCGUCCGCAUCGGUAUAGAGCAAUACGGAGGAGACGGUUAUCGUGGAGGUGAUCCGGAGUACGCACCUCCUGAGUCGAUGCCAUCUCGCCAACUCGUUGAAUCUCGUCAUAUGGGCCUCACCAACUCCACCUCUAACGGACGUCCUGACUCGCGCGAUCUCUUCAAGUACGACAUCUGGUCUCUAGCUUGCAUCAUGGUCCAGUUACAUACCUAUGUGUGCCUUGGUAACGUCGAUGCAGUGACAAGGUUCGAUGAGGACCGCAGAAUGCAUUCCCCCGGAAGCGAAGUUGCCCCAUAUCACGUCGACGGGAACCUGGGACCCGACCUCAAUCCAGCGGUGGCGAUGCAACUGAACAAGAUUUUGGCGCACAGUUUAACGGUCGAGUCCCCCGCGCUGCACACGUAUAUGAAGGAGCUUGUCACGACCAUGUCGCAGAUGCUGGGAAUCAAUCCAUCCGACCGCCCUACAUCGGGCGAAGUCGCCGAGCGCCUGACCGUGAUUGUGAACGACUAUCUGGCGGCAAGGAACGACCCCAGCGGUGUGCUCCUGGCGGCCAACAACGACGACCUUCGGGAAGUCCCUUCCGACUAUGUCGAGGUUGCAAUUGACACGACCGGCACCUCCUUCGUGUCUCUGGAGGGCGUUAGCAUCGCGACUCCAGAAUCACCUCCGAACGCGGGAGUUCCGUGCCGGUUAAGGCUGUUCCACAAAAAGGGUGGGUUCUGGAUGAAGAUAUGGUUCAAGAACGCCGGGAAACUGGAGAUCCUGUCCAAACGGCUCCCGGAGGGGGAAGUGUGGUUGCUCCACGCGGCACUCCUCGACGGUGGCAAUCGUGGCCGCUGUCGCAUUCUGCGGACGGGCGCCGACGGGUUCGCGACCGAUCUGUACUUUGAGAACGGGCUGCUCGACUUCCACGCCGUCCUCAUCCAGUAUGCGCCGCGAUCCUUUGGGAACCUCAGCGGCGGCGGGCCCGACGACGAGAUGCGGCAGUGCUACAGCCUAAGACACCCCGUCGUGGUCUCGGCGCGCCGCGACUUUCCCAGCGGCCUUUCGGCGAUCCGGGAUGGCGUCGAGGCGAUGUCGAUUCAGAAAUGGAAAGGGCGUCGAUUCACCUACGUCGACGGGAGAUACGGGCCUCAGCGGGACGUCGGGCUGCGGCUGAUGAUCUUCUUCCACAACCCUGGCGCGGUCUUGCAGAUCCCGCUGCGAUCUCGACUGGGCAAGGUCGAGGUGGAACGCCGCGGCGCCACCAGCGUCAUCACCUUCCGCGGUCUCUCGAGGGAGAAGUUCUUCACGCAUGCCGAAAAGCUCGAGAGCGCCGACGACCGUCAUCUUCUGUUCCCGAUCGGUCCGGCGCAUUACCCGCUGGGCAACGCUUACCGGCAGGGGGACAACAACACGUGGGAAGUGAAGCUGGAGACGAAACAUGAAGAAGGUGAGAUCCUGCCCCUAUUUUUUGAAGGCUUGUUUCCAGGCUAA